CGUGUGUGUGCGGGUUUGGCAGAUAGUUCUUGAAGCUCUUGCAAGUGUCAAGGCAGCAUUGUUCAGGAAUGUUUGGGAUACAUGCAGGAUCACAUGCUCGGAUCGAGGCCCACUAAGGAUGGAGGCCCUGCUAAAUGAGUGGCUGUGGCAGGAGGAGUACUGGCUUCCUGCUGGCAUGCACUGGCAGGACAUUAGGAUGAAAGAGGACGAGGGCCGCUUUCCUCUACCCAGGGAUCUUAUCUACACCUUGCCUCUGGCCUUCGCCUUUAUAGCCCUCAGAUAUGUCUUUGAGAGGCUCAUCGCCAUCCCAUUAAGCAAAUGUUUAGGUGUGAAGGAUCGGAUUCGGAUUCGAGCUGCUUCCAUCCCAAAGCUGGAGACCUUCUACAAACAGAACAGUCGGCAACCAUCACAGAGUGAGGUGGUGAGCUUGGGGAAGCAGUGUGGACUCUCCCAGAGAAAGAUCCAGACCUGGUUCAGACACAGAAGGAACCAGGACCGACCCAGCAACACCAAAAAGUUCUGCGAGGCCUCCUGGCGUUUUGUCUUCUACCUUGUAGCGUUCACUGGAGGGCUCGGCUCUUUAAUUAAUACUCCAUGGUUCUGGGAUGACAGCGAGUGUUGGAGGGGAUAUCCCAAACAGCCGGUGGCCGAGGCUCAUCACUGGUAUUACAUCUUGGAAAUGGGCUUCUAUGUGUCCUUGCUUCUGUGUGUCUCUGUGGAUGUCAAGCGAAAAGAUUUCAAGGAGCAGGUGAUUCAUCAUAUCGCCACCAUAUUCCUCAUUGGUUUCUCCUACUGUGCCAACUUUGUGAGGGUUGGCACUCUGGUGAUGUUGGUGCAUGACUCUUCUGACUUCCUUUUGGAGUCUGCCAAGAUGUUGCACUAUGCUGGCUGGACGAGGACGUGUGACUCGCUGUUUGUCAUCUUCGCUCUGGUCUUCCUGGUGACGAGGCUGGUGGUGCUACCUGGCAGAGUGCUCUACUCAACCCUGGUAGUGUCUCUAGAGUUCUUCGGCCCUUUCCCUGGUUAUUAUUUCUUUAAUACGCUGCUGUUAGUGCUGCAAGCUCUCCACAUCUUCUGGGCUUAUCUCAUCCUGCGCAUGGUCUGCAAGUUUGUGUUCCUGGGCAAGGUGGAGCGUGAUGAACGUAGCGAUGAGGAGAGUGAGGUGGAUGAUGAGGAGGAAGAGGAGGAGCCUGAGGAAGGAGACGAGUGCAGCUGGGAACAAAGAAAAGGUGCAAUCAACUCCAAACUGGCAUCGCUGGCUAACAACUGUGUCCUGAACAACCUCACCAACCAGAGGAAUAUAAAUAGCAGACUGCCCAAAGCCAGAUAGUGGAGCAGCCUCCUUCCACAUCUACCAAGCCUCACUGGAAGAAAAAAGUUAUUUUUCCCUCCCGCCUAAUGGAGAUUAACUCAUGUCUGACAUAAUAUACAUACAUAUGGCUUGUGUACAUCCAACAUGGUCCAUUGAUGAUUUCUGAUCAGGGUAAGUCUGCAUCUUGCUUAUCUUGAAAAAAAGAGGGCAAAGAAGCACAGAUGAUUGUAAAUCUGCACAACCAGUGUGAGAUUAGGAAGAAACGCCAUUGUUACUGUCACCCAUACCACUACAUACUAUAAAAAUAUAUUUGGCAAAAAAAAAAAUUCGUUUACAACAAACCAUAUGAGUUCUUUUUGCAAAUUUUGUAUUUCUGUGGUUUCUUUUCAUUGAACUAUAAUAACUUGUUUGUAAAUACAUAAGCAUACAAGUACCUGGGCUGUGCUAUAAUGCAUCCUUUCUGUUGAACAAGAAAAACUAAAUGUUUUUUAUACAAAAUCAAACUGUUCUAAUCUAAUCUGUGGUAUAAUGUUUUAAACAGAGCAAACUAAAACAUAGAAUUAAUAGUAAUUCACUCCCACAGCUUUGUAUCCACAUACACGAUAUGGUUGAUUGUACAUAGACUAUUAAAAACAUUGAUUGUAGUAAAUCUGUUGAUAAACCACUUUAUAUAUAUAUUUUUUAUGAACCAAUUACUCAACAGGUCAUUUUAUGUUGUAAUCUGUGACAGAAUAUAAAAGGCUACUGAAGAAGUCCUUUAGGGAUGAUAGUUAUAUUUUUCUGUUUGAGCUUACUCCUUAGAAAAGAUAUGACGCCCUCUGGUGCACAAUGAAGAACAUAUCCUUGUAGAGAAUCCACUCCCCAUGUCUGAUGAAAUGAUGCCUUUACAAAAAAUGUUACUGCUCCUAGAAAUAUGGACCUAAAGCUAUAUGUGUAUGUGUUUGUUUUUUGUUUCUUUUUCUACUUUGAACAUUGUGACAGGCAGCAUGAUAUCUCAACUAGGCUUUUUGUUAUGGUUUGCUCUACUGGACUUUAGUUUUGUGCCUUGGCUGCUGUUUUUUACACUAUUCUGUGACAAGCACUUGAUAUUAAGCUCUGCGUGUAAGUAGGAUUACCUUUACUGGACAAACACACGGGCCAAGCCUUACUGUGACUGGUUCUGAUGUUUUGUGUGAAAUGUUGGUAAGGCUGCUGGUGCCUAGGUAAAACUUAAGUAUGCAUACAGAUGGGCAUUAGUGAAAUGUGAGGUAUUUUAGAUAGUAGAGUUGUCUACAAAGGUAAAAUGCUUUAUGGCUCAGAUGAAUAAAAGUUUUAAGAUUUAAUGGUUAUUAUAAAAGACUGACAUAUUUUCAUAUGAUUAGACUGCAUUCUACAAGAGCUGGAGUUUACAUGUGUUUAAACUGUAAGCUUCUUCCUGGCUUGGUUCCAGCCAUCAUAAACUACAGUACACUCACUACCAAAACACUGGUAUUACAUUUUCAUAGGUUAGUGAGACAACUCUUAAAGAUAUGUGUCUUACGUGUCUGCAUACUGCAACAAACAAUAUUUUAUAUAAAGGAGCAGGAGUAGAAGCAGGCUCGUGUCUGACUCUGAACAGGGACUUAAGAGCAGUGGGGUCCCCAACACAAGGUUGGAUUUAAGUUGUAGUGCACUAAAAGGGCUGAUCCACUGAAUAACACACCCAUGACCCGCACUAGAAUACUGCUUUUUUUUAAUCAAAAAUAGAAAACCUGGUGAAAUAUAAUGUUUCAAUGAAAGUGACUAUCAAAUGUUCUCUUAUGACUGCACCCAAAUGCUUUGUUGAUUGUGUUGUCAGUUGAAAAGUUUUAAUAAAUGACUUCUAUUGAAUAAAA